ACAAAAUCCUUCAAACACAAACCACACACUCGCCAGUCACUCACACACGCUUCUUUUACCGUUAUGAGAUGUCUGGAAGAUCGGUGGACAAAACAUUGGGAAGAAAUAAGGAAGAAUGAUCGUCCUACGUCUCCAAGGUCUUCACAGCGAUGCUGGAUCGGAGGACAUUCGCAAGUUCUUCCACGGUCUCGAUAUCCCCCAGGGGUGUGUCCACAUCAUAGGAGGAGAACUCGGUGAAGCCUUCAUCCUCUUCAAAUCGGAAGGGGACGGCCAACUGGCCAUGAGGCGCUCAGGGAGUACGCUGAGGGGAUCAGCUGUGACCCUGCACAUAAGUAACGUGGCGGAAUUGAAGGAAAAACUAGUGUCAUGUUUAGCGAGAAGCCCCAAAACCAAAAGUGACAAUCGGUCCUCAGGAACGCAACAAAUUUGCAGUCCCACCAAAUCCUCACCUGAAAAAGUGGCUACUGGGCAGCACAAGGAUAAAACUCCGCCACCACGACCGCCCUGCCCUUCUGCCGUACCAGUCAAAAAGAAGAGGGAAAAGAAGCCGAAGAGACAAUCAGACGCCAUACAAAGGGAGUCGAGCACUACACCACCUCCAACUUUGGAGGUGACGCAAAUUCAGUAUUCACCGGCAGCUGUUCACCUUCCAUCAGAAAAGGUGCUAAAUGAACAAUUGAAAAGUGAGACCGUAGCCUGCUGUGGUUACUUGUGCCUCUAUGGGUUUCCCCAGUCUGUCACCAAGGCACACGUCAGUCAAUUCCUCUGUGGUCUGACUGUGCAAGAGGUGAUUGUCAACGCUUGCUUGGGGUACCGCAACGGUUGCCUGGUCAAGGUAGCGAACGAACGGGACGUGGAGGCCGGGCUUCAACGGGACGGCCAGAGCUUUGGCGCUUUUACAGUGCAGGUGAGGAAGUCCUCCUUAGGCCAAUGGACGCACGCCACCCGCAGGUCCCGUGGCCCCCCAGAGCAGUCAGAAAUGGUCAGCUCGACAUCAGAAACGAUGACAACAGAGCAAGAAGGGAAGCGGCCCAAGAAGCGGAGAUACUCCUGGGAUGCUCCGCCCCCAGACCCGGGGGACAAAAAGACGGCAGCGUGUGAAGAAUACUAUCUGAUGGUGAGGAACCUCAAUCCCAAUUUAAACAAGACAAAGAUCAAGGCAUUGCUGGGCUGUCCCCAUUUGCAAAACUCUGGAAUCCAGCAUUUGCUGGACAAAAGUGGCGAACGCACGUCCACGACUUUUGUCACUUUCGACCAAGUGGAGGACUACGUCAACGCCAUGAACCUGAGCGGCACUCGCUUUGGCAGUAUGGUCCUGGAGGUGUCCCCCAUCACCCGGGAGAAGAUGCUCUCCCAACUCCGCUCGUGGAAAUGAGUGUGGUGGGUGUGUGUGUGUGUGUGCGUGUGCGUGUGUGUGUGUGUGUUUUCUGGGUUGCAGCCAGUUACGUCAUCGCGCAAAUUUGAAAUGGUGGCCUACCUGGGAUUGGAGCCAUUGAAACCCAUUCAAAAAUAUUUUUUUCUAACAGCCACAGAUUUUUUAAAAAAAUAGGUUUUGUUUUAAAACUGAGAAUCUCAGCUUUCCAUUAGUGAAAACUGUAUGUUCCUAGCACCUACCAAUCCAAAGGGUUACUUUAAGCGAGGGUAAGUUUGGGUAAAAUUUAGCGUUUUGUUUAUCCGUGGAUACGGAAACGAAAAGGUUUAGUAGAGAGAGUAUUGUAGAGUAGAGUUUAUGUUUCGUAUGUGCUAUUUCACUAGUUUUUGCUGGGUUUUUUGAUGAAUUUCGAAUCUUGACAUUCGGAACAGUCCAUGUUAUUUUCAUAAUGUGUUUUUACGUUACAUGGAAGUAAAUGUGUUCAUUUGUUAAAGUAGGUUAGGCUAGUCCGCUAGUUUCCACCGCUUCAUCUUUGUUUCCAGGGAAACAAAACACUAUUUUUUUAACCCUCACUUAAAGUGGGCUACCUUUGGAUUGGUAGAAGCUAGGAACAUACAGUUUUCACUUAUGGAAAGCUGAGAUUCUCAGCUUUUAAACAAGACCAAUAUUGUACCUUUAGGUCGAACACGAAUUCUGUGGCUGUUCGAAAAAAAUGUAUUUUUCAAUGGGUUUCAAUGGCUCCAGUCCUAGGUCGACCACCAGCAACGGUAGAUCAAAGUGAUUUCAAGCGUGUGACGUCAACUGAAACCCAGGAAUUAAUGAGGAUACACAGCAUGGUCCUGGCGGUGUCCCCCAUUGCCCGGGAAAAGCUGGUCUCCCAACUCCGCUCGUGGAAAUGAUGGUGAAUAAUGAUGACUUGUGUAUGUUAAUGGAGAUACACAGCCUGCAUAUUCUCAUUUGUCCCUUUAGAAAGCAGAGUUUUUUUGCUGUAAAGUCAGUGUAAAUAUCACAAGAAAAUUUGCCAAUAAUCCAAGUCAGAAAAGCUAUGUGUUUGCUCAUAUCAUACCUGUUUGUUCCUACAUUAACCUGUAGGUGAAUCUGUCCCUUCUCUGCCUUGCAUUUUUGUAUUGUUUUGCUGCAGAGAAAAAAAUGGUCUUGUAUUGCUGAAAGAACGUCAGAACCACUAUCUUGGCCUUGUAUUUUGUAUAGUUUUCUUGUAUAAAAAUAAAUAUAUGAAUAUAUAUUUUUAUUGCUGAAGAGAAUACCACAGCCACUGUCACGGAUGUUUGAAAAAAAGUGAACUUUAUUUUUUAUUGUACUAUGAUGUAUCGUGUCGUGAAUUUGUAUAGUUAUAUAGACCUCUAAGGCACAUGCACUUUUUUGUUUUGUGUUGUGACGUGACAUGGCAUCUUCUAGGUUUUUUUUCUGACAACAGGAGUGUUUGGCUCAUCUGUCUCCUAAUACAAUAAACAAAACAUUAAGAUACUGAAAAGGCUCAGGAAGAAAAAAAUAUUUUUAAGCAUGGGGGAAUUUUUUUAGUAUUGUCCCAAGGUCAGUGUAGGCCCCUGGUGUGUAGCCAGGGCCUUAGAGUAACAUAAUAUUGAUACCCAGCCUUGAUAUUCACAUUUACUCCGUGAGAAAUCAGUCCGUUUCUGAUGACUAUUAUUUUAACAAGUUAACUUAGGAAGUUCAUUUGUUGGCUACAUGUUCAGUAGCCUAUAAAAACAACUCUAGACGGAUGCACAUGACUGUAUUAAAACAUUCUCAUUUGUUUAUAUAUAGGUAAAAUAUGAAAAGUAAAAUCAGAAAAACUGA